GUUUUUCUCAUAAAGAAGAUGGUGGUCAUCAUCAGGUAAUCCUAGUAAAAUCCUUUGUCGCGCGCGAGACAACUGAAUCACAAGCAAAAACGAACACUACAAUGGCAAAAGUUGAUAUGAAUACGAAUAUUUUUACUGGCGUGCAAUAAGACAGCAUUAUUUUUCUUUCAUGUUGCGUUGCAAGCGGUUGACAGAGCCCGUCGGAAAUUGAAUAAGCACGUCACAAAGCACGUGAUUUGCGAAAGUUGGGUAUGGUCGCGCCUUUGAAAAAAUCCCCCUUUGGUUUUGAAAUAUCCUUUGUUUUUUGUGCUGCUUUCUUUGACAUUACUUCUUUCAUUCCACCCUCAAAAUGAGCAAGAUGCAAAGCCGUAGACGUCAACAAGGACAAGCACAGACUGUUAGUGAUGGGGAAGAAGAAAGUCGUACAGAGAAAUCGGCUGAGACAACUUCCAGGUCACGAAACAGCCAGGCCGAUCGUCCAUCUCCAAAAGACAGCGAUGCUAGUGGCAACCAUAGCGAUCCUGCUUCCACUGAAGGCGCUAGAACUCCCACCAAAAGCAAGUCCACUCCUACAAGACGCAGCAAGUCUUUGACUAAUCACAGUGCUAAAACGGACCAAGAUGCAUCUCCUAAACCUACAAGCCGUAAGCAGAAUGUGACAUCCAAGGCGCGAUCCACAGCAACCAAGACAAGUAGUGAGAAUGACCAAAAAUCUUCACCGAAGCCUGUCAUUAAUGCAUACGAUGUUAGCGAAUCUCCUCCAUUCCGUAAAUACAUGACCAAUUCUCGUGGGCGAGGUAAUUUCCGAGAGUCUCCACAAUUCUCAACGGGGCAUGGACGGGGUCGCGGUAGCACACGAGGAGGCAGACAGGCUCGCAGACAAUUUCACGACCCUACUAGUAGCCAGACCUCGAAUGUUCAAGAGAGUGUUUCGGUUGACAAGGAGGAUGCAGAUAGUGUCAAAGUGACUUCUACUGAAAGUGUGGAGGGACAGGCUGUUGGUACUGCAGACCCACAAGACGCUCGGCCAAACCACCCACAAGAUAAACCCUCUUUCCACCGUGGUGCACCCAGGGGAAGAUACCGAGGAGACCCAUCUUUCAGACGAGGCAGGGGGUCUUGGCGAGGUUUUCACCGAGGCGGCAAUCACCCACGAGCACCAAACUAUCCAUCCUCACCACAACCAUCUGGAUGGUCGUCAGCCAGCGCAGUCGACACGCCUGUAUCCGAUGGACCCAGCCAUGUUGAUGAAAAAGAUGGCAAAGUGGAUGCUGACGUUGAACAACUUGCUGACUCGGUGUCACAAACAUCUCUAGCUGCUGGAGAACAAGUGGCAGCGGGAGAUCAACCAACGGGUGACACAAAAGAUGCUGCUGAUCAAGCAAGGCGGGAAGCGAAGCGAGAUAAGGCACGAAAGAAACGACAGGCGAAACGACUCUCAAUGAAAAUGGCCAAUUCUGAUAGUAAGGAAUCGCUGCCUAACCAGUCCCCUAUACCCGAAUCAUCCGCAACCAAAACCCAGCUUCCGUCUGAUCGACCUAAGAAAUCUCACAAGACUCGACCCUUUUCUAAAUCCAACCCAAUGUCUAGGGAUGAAGCUUUGAAAAACGAAAGCAAUUCAGCUACUUUGGAAGUUUCCCCGGACGUUGUAUCGGAUGCAGCAGCACACGAAACGGUCAGUCAACCAGCCGAAUCGUCGUCACCUGCCAAAGUCGAAGGUAAUGACGACAAACCGAAACGACAGAGGAAGCAGCAUAACCAUCGAUCACCUGCACAAAACGUGGAUAUGAAAGACAAGGUUGCAGUCCAAACGCCAGCGGAUGACAGUCACCAAGAGCCAUCGGCCACCACCACUGAAUAUACACAUCAUAAAUACAAGAAAAACUUUGCACGUCAAGAAGAUAAUAUAAGACCAGCUCACCCUAGAAAUGAUGUUCCUGUCCCCAUGGCGCAUCAAAUGCAACCAGCCGUUUCCACACCUUCCUUUGUGUCUCAGCCUGUUGCUUUCGCUAUCACCUCACCCAACGGAGGACCCAUUCCAGUGUACACCAUGCCUUUCCCACCCAUGAAUCCGGCUAUGGGAGAUGGGCAAGGAGGAAGGCAAGGUAUGUUUUAUGCGCCAAUGAUGGGUUCACCCGGUGCUACAGCUUCCACCCCAACAUCUGCCACGCCCACCAUGAUGGAUCCGAACAAUAUGAUGUACAUGCCAUACGAUUCUCAGCAAAUGAUGAUGUACAAUCCCUAUUGGUAUCAACCGGUGGGUAUGACGCAGCAAGGUAUGCCACCACCGAACCCAGGUUGGAAUGCAGCGGGCGGUGGAGACUACAGCAACAACUGGAAGCAUCCAUCACAACAUGAUGCCACUUAUCAUCCAUCGACUAGUGUUGCCUAUACUAAUGAGCAUAUGUCGUAUCCUAAUGACAAUAACGGUCCACAAGCAGUCUAUUACUACCCCGUAUCAUAUUGAAUUUUUUCAUCUUCAUCAUUGUAUCAUUUUCCCCCUCAGCUAGCAUAUUCUCUUCUUUUCCUUUCCUUUUACUGCGUCACAAAUUUACAUUGGAUGGAAAAAACAAUCCUUCAUAAAUCCUUUUUUUUUUUUUUACCUUCUUUCUGUUUUCUAAAAUAAAAAUAUCUCAUACAUCGUGGCUCACUAACUAUCAAAAAAGCGACGACAUCGGAGCGAAACCCACAAGCGAAGCGAAUCACGUGACGCUGAAAAACGCUGAAACUGUUUCCAUU